AUGGUACACCAUCCAAACGGUACACCAGACCCAAAUUGUACACCAAAUGCAGAUAGUGCACUAAACCCAAAUGGUACACUAGACCCAGAUGGUACAUCAAACGCAAUUGGUACACUAGACCCAGAUGGUACAUCAAACGCAAUUGGUACACUAGACCCAGAUGGUACAUCAAACGCAAUUGGUACACUAGACCCAGAUGGUACAUCAAACGCAAUUGGUACACUAGACCCAGAUGGUACAUCAAACGCAAUUGGUACACUAGACCCAGAUGGUACACCAAACUCAGAUGGUACACCAGACGCGGAUGGAAAAAAAAAGAAGCGGAAUAGCCCAUCGUUUUUGUCACUUCCUGAUGAAAUCAUCUUGAACUGUUUAGCCCGCAUAUCAAGAUCAUACAACCCAAAACUCGCCCUAGUCUGUAAGACCUUUCGCUCUCUCAUUGUGUCCCAUGAUCUCAGUGUGACGCGACGUCACCUUAAAACCGGAGAAAGGUUUUUCCAUGUUUGCUUACAGAAGUUUCCCAAUGAUCCUUGUCCUUCUUGGUUCACCCUCUGGAUGAAACAUGGUGAAAUCCUAACCAACCAACUCGGGAAGAACAAGACUUCUACCCGAAAUAUCCAAUUGGUACAAACACCUUCUUCCUACUUUUAUUUUGUACCUAUGUGCUUCGUUUCAGUUGGUUCAGAAAUGUACGGACUUAGCCAAUCUAAUACUCCAUCCUCCACCUUAUGGAUCCUUAAUAAGAAGCUUUACGUAUGGCAAAAAGCCUCCAGCAUGACUGUAGCUCGAAAGAAUCCCCUUGCAUGUGCCCUCAAUGGAAAAUUAUAUGUAAUGGGAGGGUGCGCCGCUGAUGAAUCUAAAAAGUGGGGUAACGUUUUCGACCCAAAGACUCAAAGUUGGGAACCUUUACAUGACCCUAGCCCCGAGCUACGCUUUUCUUCAAUUAGAAAAAUAAAAGCGAUCCAAGGAAAGCUUUACGUUAGAAGCAAUGAGAAGAAAGACUCGGUUUAUGAUCCAAAAACAGAAUGGAGAGAGGUCAAAGGGUUAGCAAUGUUGAUUAAUUAUGGUAUAUUUACUGGUCUGACUGAAAUAGCCGACUACGGUGGAAAACUCUUAAUUUUAUGGGACGAGAUUUUGUUUGGUCAGCCUGGAUACAAGCAUAUUUGGUGUGCGAUGGUUGCGCUGGAAAGACGACGACGACGACGUCGUGUAGGAACUAUAAUUGACGAGGUUUGGGGAAACAUUGAGUGGGCUGAUAUAGUGCAUACCGUUCCCAGCUCAUACGUUUUCGUGCGUAGUCUACUAAGUGUGUUUUUGCCAGAUUUAAUCGCAUUCACAUUAUCACAGGGCAUAUACAAGUUUGCAUAUGAUCAUAAGCCUGAGAGCAAGAGCAAAAGAAAGAAGCAUAUUUUUAGUAACCCAACUUUAACAUGUCCUUUGUACUUUGUACCAUUGCACAUCGUUUCGGUUGCUUCAGAAAUGUACGGAUUCAGCCGAUCUAGACUUCUAGUGCUCCGUCCUCCAACAUGUGGGUACGUAAUAAAGAGACUGGGUUAUGGGGUAAAGCCCCCAAACAUGAGUGUAGCUCGAGAGAACGUUAUGGCAGACGUCCUAAAUGGGAAACUAUACGUAAUGGAAGAUUACGCGAACUACGGUGAGGUUUUAGACCCAAAGAUUCAAACUUGGGAACAUUUACCUAACCUUGGCGUCAAGGACAGCUUUUCUUCAAUUAGUCAAAUACAGGUGAACGAAGGAAAGCUUUACGUUAGAAGCAAUGAGGAGAGGGCUUCUGUUUAUGAUCCAAAAGAAGGUGCUGGUGGUAUGAUGUAA